AUGGCGAAAGAUGGCGUUAUUUCCUCAGCGAAAUGGAUUUGGCGAGCUGUCAUCUGUCUGCCGUUCCGCCUCUUCGACGCUUUUGUAGAUGGCCUCUGGGCUCUGGUGAAGGCCAGCAGGGACGUAUUCGUCCUCCUCGGAUUUCUUGUCUUCCUGUUCUACGCGCCGUUCGGACUCCUGAAGCUUUCAUACACUUAUCUUUUGGGGUUUGCCAACCUCGUCGUCGCAGAUCCUGAGACCGACAAGGAGGAAGAAGACGACAUAAUGCAACAGAAAUAUAAGACUCGCGAACUGCUACUCUCGGUCGACGAAGUAAUCAUCAACGACGGUCCGAUUCUCGAAACCAUGGCAGAAGUGCUCAAACAGACCCACACCCCUCCGCACUUCAUCACUGCUUUCGUCCUUGGCUGUAUCCAACAUCGCAUCGGAGCUGCUAACGCGGAUCUUUUGGUACCUGACAUCAACGGCCUUAUCCGAGGACUGUUGGAUCUACGUACGCUCUCCGAGAGCGCAUGGAAUUUGCUGAGCGGACUCAUUGGCGAGACGCUGGAACCCCACCUCCCAGAGAAAGCCGGGCCCCUCGAUGUAGGCUCAAACUCGCACAAUUCCUGGAUGACAAACGCAGCCGCGAUGCUCGUCGCCAACUCCCAGAGGCCUCUCCCUGAACGCGCCGUUCUGAUGCUCUCCAGUCCCACGACCCUCGCUAAGAUACUUCAGCUGGUCAGAGUGGUCAUCAAAGACUGGCCUCUCCGCGACGUCAUUAGCUUGUUGUGGAUUGCUUUUGCGGCUCCGAGGAGAGACCACGACAACAUGCCUGCUGAAGUAAUCAAGUAUUGGGACAGCCUUCCUUCACCGGACGGACGUACUCUCAGCGAUCUUCAGGAGGCCACAAUCCAGAUCCUGCUGGAGAACACUUGGCGUGAAGACGAUGAGGAUUUGGAACGCCAUACCGCGGAGGCCACAUUGAUGCUCAUCUUCCUGCUCGAUGGCUCUCCGCCGUCCGUGGACUUUAACAGUAGCGAAUUACGGAUAUCACUUAACCCAUCAUUCUACGAUGGCCAUCCGAUCUCAAACGUCGAGAGUGUGAUGGGGUUGCUCCGCACGGAAUAUUCGGAUAUCGCGUCACAGCUUCUGGUAGCUGUCGGCAAGUCCUCCAACCUCGUCAUGAAUGCCUUGAACGUUUAUAGGGCCUUCGUCACAAGAUCGCUAAUCAACCCUCAUGGGAUCCCGCUCUGGAAGGUUUUCCAUGGUAUGAAGAACAAUGAAGUUCCAUUGUCGUCUCUUCAGCCAGUCUUGCUCGACUUGUGGAGAUUCCUUCUCAAGUGCGCUCGCUCGGUUGGAGGCGGAGACCGCCAUCUCCAGACGCACGACUUCAUCAAACUAUGCAUCAUCUUGGCGCAGCCGGGCAUACCACGCAUCUUUGGCAGAAAGGAGCCAGCAAACGACUGGAAUGAACUGGUCCCUGUCCUCGUGCAGACUGCUGACGAGGGCACUCUCAUCGAGACCUUCACGUUUGCCGGCAUGUCUACGAGGGAAGAGACAAUCUCCGCCCUUGCGGAUCGCGCUUUGGAGGAACUCGGGCCUAGCGAUCUCGACGUCCCAGAGCAACUCAGGGACGUACUCGCUCGGCUGGCGGGCAAGGGACCCAAGCCUCCGCCCAAGCAGGGUGAGCCCUCCGACCAGACUCACCGGAGGGAAUCAGGGGGAGGAAUAUUGGGCAUCCGCUUGCCAUUUAUCCCGAGGCCGAGAAGGCCAGACGAUCCGGUGGGCGGUGCGAACCGCCCUCCUUCUCUUGCUUUGGAGGCAGGCUCUAUUCAGAUAGAGCCGACGGGCCCUACGUUCCGUUCAAAUAUUCGACAUUCUAAUGAUGUGCCACCAACGCCAGGGCCACUCCCAGAGGUCGUACCAAAUCUCGUGCGUGUUGCCUCCGCAGCGCCUUCGCCGGGCAUCCGCCCAAGCGUCCGAUAUUCUCGCGAUGCGCCUCCAGUUUCAGGAUUCCCUCCAGUAGUCAUACCGAACUUUGUGCCUACUGCUUCUCCACCGGCGGAGCCAACCAUUCGCUCCAGCAUUCGACGUUCUCGCGAUGCGCCGCCGACGCCGGGGCCCCCCUCAGUGGUCGUACCAAACAUUGCACCUCUCGCCUCUGCGCCACCAUCCCCUGCUAUUCGCCCAAUAGUUGGACGUUCUAAUGAUGGGCCAUCAACGCCAGGGCAGCCCCCAGUGAUCAUACCGGACACCGUGCCUUCUGCGCCGCCAUCGCCGUCCGUACAUACCGUCCGUCCCGUCCGCCCCGAGCGACCUCGAGACAUAGCUGCAUACGCUGUUGAAGCUCCCGCACCCAGAGCGUACCGCCCUUCGUCUCCCGACACACCGAGUGUUGCGUCUGUCGCAUCUGCGCCGCCGCCUUCAGACACAGACUUCCUCUCCGAGGUGCGUCGUCGGAGAAUGCACCGGGGUAGCGCUGCACAUAUUAUUGAAGCUCCCACACCAAGAGCGUACCAUUCCCCGCCUUCCACCGACCAUCCAGCAUCUCCGAGUCCACGAACGCCUUCGCGGACUAGCAGUGGCAGGCCUGUUGCAGCACCGAGGGUAACUCUCUCGCGCUCCGUAAGCGGCGACGUUGCCCGGCCUUCCGUUAUAGACUCCCGCGCUGCCAGUAUGCGGGGCAGGUCGCCUCCUCAAGCCGUAGUUGGCAAUUUCGGCGAUGCAAAUCCCUAUGAUCAGCCACGAGAUGGUGCUGGCGCCGCCGUACCAGCAGCUCCGUAUGUGCCUCGGAUGGACUCCGGCCAUGAGAGCAGACAGCGAAGUCGUUCGGGUAACGUCAAUGUCGGCGAGGAUACUGAGAAUAUCCCCCGUCGUACUCCCUCUCAUCGCACUCGCAAUACUCCGAGACCCCCGUUAGCUCCCCCUCCUUCGAAUGACGAACCUCAGCGAACCUGGUGGGAAUACGGAUGA